CUUUACUUUAUAAGAAGUUUCCAAGACUUAAUCAAUGUAUAACCUGCUCCAAACAAGUUAUUGGUCUAUCUUAUCAAUUACUUCAAUAAUAUUCAUAAAGAAACUAAUUAAUAAGCCACAAUUAAGUCGUUCCAUAAAUCCAUAACGACCAUAUCAAUUCAAAACGAAUGCUAAAAACUCUAAGGACAAUGCUAAACCCAAACACAACAUCAAAAGAGAACAACGAAACAAAAAAUAUCCACACCUACGCAACAUUCAUUAGCGAAACACAGGUAGUGUUAAGGAUAAACAGACAUAAAACGUGGAACCGAACGGAUCGAAUAUAUUUUACAAAACUUUUCAUUCAUUGAAAUGAAAAAUACAUUUGACGUCAUAUUAAAAAUAAAUAAAAAGGAAGUUUGUGAGGAUAAAUUUGGUUUUAAAAAUGCUAUGGACGAGAUUAAAAAAUAUUAAACAAUGAGCUUUUGCAACAUAAAUUCAAAAAAAGGCAUUGAUGAUGAUGAUGAUUUCAUUAUUGAUGAUAGCUUAUCAAGUGACUAUUAUCAUGAUGAAUUUAGGACUAAUUCAAGUUCUUCAAUAAAGUGGUCGACAGAUGCAAGGAAGCAAAAUGAAGAGGAUUGGUUAUCGAUUGAAGAGAUACUUUAUGGCGAAAAAGAGCUCCCAGAAGACGAUAAAACAAGGGAAGAGUUUUCAUAUUGGAUGAAAGCUUUUCCUCACUUGCGUGUUGUGGGAAAGAAAAUAGAAAAUUUGCCACAAAGAAAUAAUUCAUCAAUCGAGUAUGUUGAAGAAGUAAUUGCAAUUGAUCCUCCCCUUCCGUUACGUUUUGAAGGAGAAUCUUUCAAGUUGCUUGAUCAAGAGUUGAAUGAGAAACUUAGUAUACGGAAGCAACGUCAACUUAGUGCAAAAGGGUACUCCAUUAAUAAUGCAAAAGCUGAAAACUUGGAAAAGCUUUUACGAAUUACAUCAUCAGGAAUAACAAGAAAUCAGAAUCAAACGCAAAACUUUAGGCCAACAAUAAGCAAUAAGAAAAUAGUCGAUCGAACAUCAACAUAUGAAAUUAAACAUAAUAACUAUGUGCCUACAAAUUAUCAUCAUAUUAAUAAGCUAUCACAGAUCAAAGAACGAGAUUUCGCAGACUCAGAAAAGCUCUCAUAUUCAGCAUCAAGCUCAUCACGAAUGGGAAAUUUACUUAAUGUUAAGUUCUUAUAUAAAAAGCCAGAAUUUUUAGAUAGCAUUCAAUCUGUCAAAUCGGCAACUUCUAAGCUUCCUCUUUACGAGCUUGUUAGUCUAGAUAAAAGUGAUAAUAAUAUGUCAAAAUCAGCAUCGAUUCAUAAAAAGAAUCUCAACAUUAUUCAAUUGCCACCAUUUAAUUACGAUUUAGAUUUUCCCAUUAUACAAGGGAGAGGAAUUCAAUCAGCUUUUGGAAAAAAUGCAAAUAUCCGCACGUUUAAACACUAAGCUUAAUAUGUAACGAAUCAAAGGAUACAAAUGAAAAAUUAUUUAUGUAUUUUUAUUAUACUACACGUUUUUCACAUUACCUUUUAACUGUCUAUGGUUUUCCUUUAUUGUGUAAUAUAUAUAUUUUUUUGUGAUCUGUGAUAUGAUAAAGAAAAAUAAUUUAAAUAAAAAUAGAUGGCA